GUGGUGGGGGGAAUGCUUGGUGUUGGAGGUAGAGGCAGUGUAUAGACUUAGUUCAGUGUCAUACACUGAGAAAAGUAUUGUUUCAGACUAAACGCAGGAAACUGCAUCAAAUCUGUAUGUCAAGCUAUGGAGAUUAUGUUUAACACCAGUAGUUGGUGCCCAGCUCUCCUGAUGGCUGUCGCCAGUCUGUGCCCAAUGUUCUGCUCAUCUUCUGAUCCAAAUAGUAUCACAUAUUCCGUCUCGCCGAUGGCGGACCCGGCGCGGCUGCAGUCGGCGGGGCUGCCGGCGGGCGGCGGCUGGCAGGCGGACUUCUCGUACCCGCAGCUGCGGCCACAGACCGGCGACGCCGAGCAGGCGGCCGCCGUCACAGCGCUGCUGUACCGGCUGAUCCCGGACCGGGCGGCCGCGGUCAGCGUCCAGGUGGACAGCGGCCUGCUCGACCAGGCCGGCAGGGAUCAGUUCAUUGUGGGCGCAUCCGGAGGUCGGGUGCAGGUGCUGGCCUCCUCAGGCGUGGCUGCCGCUUGGGGAUUCCACCACUACCUCAAGUAUGUAUGUCAUGCUCACGUCUCCUGGGACUCUGACCAGCUGGAACUGCCCCGGCCUCUGCCCGACGCUAACAUCACCGUCCGUGCCAAUGACAGGUUCCGCUACUACCAGAACGUGUGUACAGUGAGCUACAGCUCGGUGUGGUGGGGCUGGGCGCGCUGGCAGCGCGAGCUCGACUGGAUGGCGCUCAACGGCCUGAACCUGGCGCUGGCCUUCACUGGCCAGGAGGUCAUCUGGCGCCGCGUGUUCAUGCGGCUGGGCCUCACCAAGGCUGAGGUGGACGAGUUCUUCAGCGGGCCGGCGUUCCUCGCCUGGAAUCGGAUGGGCAACCUGCAGCGGUGGGGAGGGCCACUGUCGGAGGACUGGCACCAGCAGCAGCUGACGCUGGCGCACCAGAUCAUAGCGCGCAUGCGCCUGCUAGGCAUCACGCCGGUGCUGCCCGCCUUCGCCGGCCACGUGCCUCAAAACUUCAGCAGGGCAUUCCCGGAUAGUAACGUCACCAUGCUGCCAUCUUGGAACAGUUUCAACGAGUCGUACUCGCACACGUUGUUCCUCGACCCGGUGGACCCGCUGUAUAUGCGGAUUGGUAACAGCUUGGUCACUGAGCUGCAGCUGGAGUUCAACGGCACCGAGCACGUCUACAACUGCGACUCAUUCAACGAGAUGACGCCGCCGUCCAGCGCGCUGGCCUACCUACGCGAGGCGGGCAACGCCACCUUGGCGGCCAUGACCGGCGCCGACCCGCAGGCUGUCUGGCUUAUGCAAGGAUGGCUCUUCUUGAGUCCCUUCUGGAAAACGGAGCGGGCGAAGGCAUACCUCACCUCCGUUCCCACAGGUCGCAUGAUCGUGCUGGACCUGUACUCUGAGGUGGCGCCGGUCUACAACCGGUUCGAAUCGUACUACGGCCAGCCGUUCGUCUGGUGCAUGCUGCACAACUUCGGUGGUCAGCUGGGGCUGCAGGGCACUGUUCAGUCCGUCGUCAAGGGGCCGUUCGAAGGGCGUUCAUUCGCCAACAGCUCGAUGAUCGGGACCGGCAUCACCAUGGAGGGCAUCUUCCAGAACUACGUCAUGUACGACCUCAUGUUGGAGAUGGCCUGGCACACCGAGUCGCCCGAUCCCGUGCAGUGGGCCUCCGAUUAUAGCCUGCGGAGGUACGGCCCGGCCAUCUCCAGACCGACCGUCAUGGCCGAGGCCUGGGACCAUCUGAUGACGAGCGUCUACAACCAUGAUGGUGCAAAGCUAACACACAGGGUACACAUUCGCUUCAUCACCACAAAGCGACCCAGCUUGGAUAUGGAAAACGACCUGUGGUACAACACAUCCGACUUGGCGGCCGCGUGGGACCGGCUGGUCACCGGCGCGUCGGCGGCGGAGGUGCGCGCCGCCGCCAACCUGCAGCACGACCUGGUGGACGUCACCCGCGAAGUCAUGUCUCUCCUGCUGGCCGACUUUUUCGAGCAGCUGCGCGACGCCUACCGCGCGGGCGACCGCCUGCUCCUGCAGGAGCGGGGCACUCUCAUUCUGGAGCUGCUCUCGGACAUGGACGAAGUGCUCAACACCAACAAGGCGUUCCUGCUCGGCGACUGGCUCAGGCAGGCGCAGGAAGUCGCCACUGGCAAACAGGAGCGGAAGCAGUACGUUUACAACGCCCUGAACCAGCUGACGUUGUGGGGGCCGGACGCCAACAUCGUGGACUACGCUGCCAAGCAGUGGGCCGGCCUGGUGGGCGACUACUACCGGGCCCGCUGGGUCGUCUUCGUCAGCUACCUGGAAGAGCGACUCGACAAGUCCCUGCCGUACAACCAGACUGAGCUGGACUCGCACUACUUCUCCCAGGUGGAGCAGCCUUUCACCUUCACCAACGCCACGUACUCGCACGAGCCCGUCGGCGAGACGGCCGAGGUGGUGCCGAGGAUGUACCGCAAGUACCGGCCGGCACUCGACGCCCAGGGGGCGCACGCGCGUAAGCAGCAGCUGUUCAUGUGAGCAGCCGGUCUCGGAAGCCGGCGGUGACGGGGAAGAACGAGCUUCGAGGAAGCCGGCGGUGACGGGGAGGAACGAGCUUCGAGGCGUGUGACGGGUGGGAGCGUCUCACUGGGAGCGCCUCACGCUGGGCCACUGGGGGUCGCAGUGUUUAGGUACAGAGGGGAUUCGUGUUCAGGAAGAUUCAUGCUAAGCUGGGCAAGUGAAAUUGUCAUCAUCAGUGUUUUUUUUUUAAAUUCUUGAGUUGCUUACGUUCAAACAUGGAAUCGUGGUAUUACCUCCCUGAUCGCGGUGAAGAUGCGUUGGACCCCAUUUCGUUCUCGAUUGUGUCCGCGCCAGCGCCAUAGUUAUUGUGCUGCUUAGGAGCAACUCUACGGUAUGACAAGGACGUUCGUUCGAAAACAGUGGCCGGAAAGGUUUCUGGAGUGCGACAAAGAUUCUGGUCGCAAAUUGCAUAAGUCGCCUAUCUGUUGGAACUUAUUCAGUCCUAGGAGAUAGACAACACGUGAGCAUCGCCAAGUUUGUCGCGUGACGUUCACCUGGCCUGUUGUAUCGCUGUGACCGGAAGAAAUGUCAUGCUGGAGGGUACCACUAGAAGUGCUGCCAUGUUCGAAAGUGCCAAUAUCGUGCCAUCGGGCUCCGCGGUAAAUAUAGACGAUCACAGGCUUACUGUGACGUGUGGUGUGCUCCCGACGAAAAGCGGGUGAUGUCGAAUCAUUUCAUGAGCUUAACUGAACUAGGCACGGACAGAAGGUGCGGUUGGCCGUGUUGCGUAAUAUGUAUGUGUACGUCAGCAGGCCCUUUUGCUGAUUGGUCAGUAACCUGGCGGAUAUUCUGUGGGUUGGUCGGGCCUGGAUCGCCAUUAGCAGUCAUUCGGCGGGAAGCCGGAUAUUCCACUGUAUAUCUGAGGCAGAUUUUGUACUGUAGUAGGCACCGCGAAUGAUGAGGUGUCUGUGUGAUUUUAUUGAUUUACAGCGCUGUGAUAUCGGGACCAUCGGUCAGGAUGCGGUGGUCGUGUCGGUGGCCUUUCGGGACGGGUAUUGUGUAAUAAUCGCAAUGAAGCGGCAUGUACAAGUGAAAAUAAACCAGUCCUGAACGCGA